ACAAGGAAAACGAGAUAAACUGCACGCGCCCUGGCCACGCGGUAUAGCCGCUGAGGCGGCUAGACGCGGUGGCGUAACUUCUACGGGGAUGGCGCGCUAGUGGCGACGUUUCCGCGUUGCGCUUUCUCUCUCGUUCGCUCUGUAGUAGACGCACAGAGGAUCGAGGACGAAUCGAGUUGUGAGGGAGAUCUCUCUCGGAUCGCAAGGCUAUCAAUGGAGGUGGUGGAGCAUCCGGAAACACGAAUUCUUCCUAGAGACCGAAGGCCGGACGCUCUCGGUGACCUUCGCGUGUUUCCAGAUGAAAUCAUAUGUGCUAUAUUGACGAAUCUCACUCCUCGCGACGUCGCUCGCCUUUCUUGCGUUAGCAGUGUGAUGUACAUCCUAUGCAAUGAAGAACCACUUUGGAUGAGUCUAUGUCUUAAUAACGUGAACGGCCAACUUCAGUACAAAGGCUCCUGGAAGAAAACUGCACUCUCUCAAUUGAAUUUGCCAAAUGAUAUUCAAGAAACAUGCACAAAAACAAUUUACUUUGAUGGAUUCAGCUCUUUAUUUCUGCUUAGAAGACAUUACCGUUGUUAUACCACCUUGGCUGGAUUCUCUUUUGACAAUGGAAAUGUGGAAAGAAAGAAUUACCUCUCAUUAGAAGACUUCCAUCAAGAGUUUGAUGGAAAAAAACCAGUUUUGCUUUCAGGUUUGGCAGAUACUUGGCCAGCAACACAUAAAUGGAAAAUAGACCAACUAUUGCUCAACUAUGGAGAUACAUACUUUAAGAUCUCUCAAAGCAGUGCUCGGAAAAUUUCUAUGAAAUUUAAGGAUUAUGUUUCAUACAUGGAAAUUCAGCAUGAUGAGGAUCCACUCUAUAUUUUUGAUGAAAAGUUUGGAGAAGUUGCUCCAGGUUUAUUGAAGGAUUACAGCGUGCCUCACCUGUUCAAAGAAGAUUUUUUUGAUGUACUAGAAAGAGACAAGCGACCUGCUUUCCGGUGGCUUGUUAUUGGGCCAGAGAGGUCUGGUGCCUCUUGGCAUGUUGAUCCUGCUCUUACCAGUGCCUGGAAUACUCUUCUUUGUGGUCGUAAAAGGUGGGCGUUGUAUCCUCCAGGAAGAGUACCUUUAGGUGUGACAGUGCAUGUAAAUGAAGAAGACGGGGAUGUCAACAUUGAGACUCCAUCAUCACUUCAGUGGUGGCUAGAUUUUUAUCCACUUCUUGCUAAUGAAGAUAAGCCAAUUGAAUGUACCCAACUGCCGGGUGAGACAAUAUUUGUUCCAAGUGGGUGGUGGCAUUGUGUUUUAAAUCUGGAAGCCACUGUUGCUGUCACUCAGAAUUUUGUGAACUCCAAAAACUUUGAAUUUGUUUGCCUGGAUAUGGCUCCUGGUUAUAGACACAAGGGAGUCUGUCGUGCCGGACUGCUUGCUCUUGAUGAAGGCAGUUUAGCAGAGGCCAAUACAUUGCUGACUGAGGAUGGUUUGAGCGUGUCUGACCAGACAUGCAGACAGAAAAGGAUUAAAAUUUCUGAACCUUCAGAAGAGACAACUUGCAAAAUUCCUGCAAAUCAGACCUCUAUAAAUCAUAAAUUCCAUGAUCAAGAAUUUUGUUAUGAUGUAAAUUUCUUAGAGAUGUUUUUGGAUAAAGGGAGGGACCAUUACAAUUCUCUUUGGAGUUCAAGUAACUGCAUAGGACCUAGAGAAAUGAGAGAAUGGUUGUGGAAACUUUGGCUUGCAAAACCAGGACUGAGAGACCUAAUAUGGAAGGGAGCGUGCAUUGCACUGAAUGCUGAUAAAUGGGCUGAAUGCGCUAGAGAAAUUUGUUCCUUCCACGAGUUGCCAUUCCCCACUGAGGAUGAGAGACUUCCUGUUGGCACGGGUAGCAAUCCUGUUUACCUCAUUGCUGACCAUGUAGUUAAACUCUAUGUUGAAGGAGGGUUGGAAGCUUCUCUUCAUGCUUUAGGCUCUGAGCUUGAGUUUUACAGUCUACUGUGCAAGGUUGAUUCCCCUUUGCAAAAACACAUUCCUGGUGUUUUAGCAAGCGGAAUUGUCUUUUUUGAAAAUGGAUCGUAUAAUAUUUUACCUUGGGAUGGCAGAGGAGUUCCCAGUGUAAUUACAGCCUGUAAUUUAAUUCCCGAAAAUUGUUCAGAAGUUGACUUUCAAUUUGGUAUAUGGAGUAAAAGACAUUUUGAAUAUAGAAAUGCUGGGAAGUCAGCAAAUGAUUCAUUCAGUUCUUCCAAAUGCUCAAGGAUAUGGCCAUAUAUUGUAACAAAGAGAUGUAAAGGGAAAAUAUUUGCUGAUAUAAGAGAUAAUAUCUCAUGGGAAGAUAAUCUAAAUUUAGCUUCCUUUUUGGGUGAGCAAGUGCGCAACCUUCAUCUUUUGCCUGUCCCAUCCCUAGAUGCUUCAAGACUUGCCAAUUUUGAGGAGAAAAUGGAGUACCCUUGUGGUGAUGGUUUGCUGGAAGUUGUCACCUACAAGCUUAGUGUAUUGGUAGAGUGGGAUUUUUUCAUUAAAACUUUAAUGAGAAGGAAAAAGGAUGUCUCUAGCCGUUUGACUAAAUGGGGCGAUCCAAUUCCUAGCUUUCUGAUAGAAAAAGUUGACGAGUACAUUCCUGAUGAUUUUGCACAGUUUCUGAGUUCUUCUGAGAACGGAGAAAUUGAUAAACCUUGCUCCUGGAUACACUCUGAUAUAAUGGAUGACAAUAUUCACAUGGAACCAUGUUGUACUGGUUCUUGCUCAACAGAGCAUAGCUCAGAUGCUGACCUGAUGCACAAUGGUUAUGCAAAUGGCCAUCAUGGCAGUAGAGAGCAGACAUCAUGGCGUCCUGGUCACAUCCUUGAUUUUAGUGGUUUAUCUAUAGGUGACCCUAUUUGCGAUCUGAUUCCAAUACAUAUAGAUGUCUUUAGAGGAGAUCCACAUCUUCUGAAGGAGUUUCUGGAAAGCUAUAGACUACCACUGGGAAGAAAAGCUUUGCAUCAAAAACCUGCUGAGGAUGGCAGCAAGCUUGGACGUCGUCUCUCAUACAUAACCAUGUGCUACUGUAUCUUGCACGAAGAGAAUAUAUUGGGAGCUAUUUUCAGUAUGUGGAAGGAACUGCGGUCAGCAAAGUCAUGGGAGGAGGUCGAGAUAGCAGUGUGGGGAGAUCUGAACGAGUACUCGGGUUUCAGUUGAUCAGUCUCUCUCUACCUUUGCUUUUGUUCUUGAAGCAUCAAACACAAUUGGCAGAUAUCAAUAGUUUGUUGUAGCUUUUAUCUAUUUAGACAAAAAUAGCGUCAGAAAUCAAUCAAUAGCUUUCCAAUUAGUCAUGGUAACUGUAAGCAUCAUCCCAACUCUAGCCGUGAUGAGUUGCUCUAAUUUUGUUUGUGUUAUCUA